AUGGCGGACACGCGGGAUGGUAAUUAUAUACACAAUGUGGAUGAUAUUUCAGGGCUUGAACACCAGCGCGAUGAACUCAACUGUCACAAGAAGCAUUCCAUGGUUGAAAAUGAAGAGUUGAAAGAGGACACCGUACGAGUCUCAGAUCAAAAGGCUGAAUGUGCUCUCUGUCUCAAAUUUGAUAUCAGAAUACUUCCUGUCCUCGCGAUUAUGUACCUCUUCAAUGCCCUGGACAAAGGAAACAUUGGCAACGCUCAAACGGCGGGGUUAAGCAAGGGUCUGUACUCGACAGUUAUCUCCCAUUUCAUGCAGUCGAAUAAUUCUCAUGAAAAAGUUCCAGACUUCAAUUUCAAACCUGGCCAAUAUAACCUGCUUUUGGGCAUUUUCUUCGUCCCGUAUGUCAUCUUCGCACCACCAAUCGCCAUGAUUGGCAAGCAUUUUGGCCCUGCGCGAAUGCUACCCAUCCUGAUGCUCAUAUUUGGUUCUUUAACUCUCCUUUCGGCGGCGACCCACAAUUUCGGAGGCAUAUUUGCCUUUCGGUGGUUUCUAGGAAUGGCCGAAGCGGCCUUUUUUCCUCUGGUCAUCUACUAUCUAACCACGUUUUAUCGUCGCGGUGAACUGGCUCGUCGCUUGGCCAUCUUCUAUGCCGCUUCCAACAUUGCUAAUGCUUUCUCAGGCCUGCUUUCUUUUGGCGUCUUUCAAGUCAAAAGCGGAAAGUUAAAAGAAUGGAGAUAUCUGUUCUUGAUUGAGGGUGCUUGCACCGUCAUUUUUGCCAUUUUUGCGUACUGGUAUCUUCCCCAAGCUCCUGCUGAAGCUAGGUUCCUAGAUCCGAAGGAAAAAGCACUUGCUUUCCAUCGCAUUCAAGUUGACUCCAGCUCAAUCGUCAAUGAAAAGUUCAAUUUCCGCGAGGCUCUCACGGUCUUCAAGCAGCCUACUUCAUAUAUCUUUUUGGCCAUUGAGGUUUGCAUUGGUGUUCCCAUCCAGUCCGUUGCUCUCUUCUUGCCUCAGAUUAUCCAGCGUCUCGAGCGUGACACCGUUACAACUAAUCUUUACACCGUGGCUCCAAAUUGCACUGGAGCUGUUAUGCUUUUAAUUCUUGCCUUCUCUUCUGAUGCCUGUCGUCUACGAUCCCCUUUUAUUGCCUUUGGCUUUCUUCUCAGUUUCACCGGUUUCAUGAUCUAUGCUGCCAUCGACGAUGUCAAGGCUCAAUUCGAGCUGGCCUACUAUGCCUGCUUUAUGAUGACCUGGGGAACCUCGGCACCCUCAGUUCUCCUCAGCACUUGGUAUAACAACAACAUUGCUCAUGAAAACCGGCGCAUGCUCCUGACAUCCGUGGGUGUUCCAAUCGCAAACCUCAUGGGCCUUGUCAGCAGCAACAUCUUCCGCGAGGAGGACAAACCCAAAUACAAGCCGGCGUUAAUCACCACCGGCACAUUCGGGGCUGCCGGUGCGUUGCUUGCGGGUAGCCUUGGUGUCUAUAUGGCCUGGGACAACCGCCAACGGAACAAGAAGCAAGGAGUGAAAAUUGAUACUCGUGACAUACCCACGAAACAUUUACGAGAUGGGCCGGAUACUCCGGAGUUUAGAUGGUUUUUAUAAACUCCUCCCUCCCUUACCUCAGAAUACCUUCUCCUUUUUUGCCAUGGGCGACCAUGGAUUGGCUAUUAGAAGGCUGCGGCCAAAGUGUAUGUAGUGGCAUUCGAGUUGAUUAACUGGCCUGUUGGCCGACUUUGUUAAAUUACCGGAUCAAUGCUGGGACGUUUCUAUGUCUAAAGGCGUAGUAAAAUUUCAAACUUCCCAUCGUCUGACAGCCACAGCCCUCCCACUCUAUUUUUCUUUUCUUUUCCUUUUCCUUUUCCUUUUUUUUUUUCCAGUUAGGGGGAAAGAAAAGAGUGCCUGCGCAGAUUGCUCCGUCCAUGUUACUUCCCACCCCCAUGGGACCUUCUGAUGUCUCACAAAAGGAAAAAUGCAACAUUUUUAGGCCUCAGUUUCAUCUCACUGCUCUUCAUGGCUGACAUAUUGACAAGAUUCCAGCGUAUUGCCCGAAGAAACCAUGAGUUGCAGCCUUUUAAUAUUUUCCACUUGCUUUCUUCCUGUAUCUACCCCAUUGAACCAAGCAGGUACUAAGUUAACAAGACAGAGAUAAAGAUGAUUGAAUUGCAGAAUACUAGAACAUUUGAUUUUCAA